UUCUUUGACUCCAGUAGCAAAGCGGAGGACGACGAGUUGCUGGAUACGCUAACGCGAGGGUUCGGUUGGUCUGGGACUGUAGAGGCUAAGUGAGGUAGCUUUUCUAAUUACGGUGUGAAAGGAAAGACACGCGCAGGGGGUUUGAAAAUCAUCGCUGAGAACUCGAUUGACCUGCUCUCGAGGGCAGCUUACUCUGACUAACAAUUAUUAGGCUACAUUGCGAGAGGUCGCCGGACGAACAACAAGAUGAAUAUGGCAGACGAAGUGAUCAAUGUAGACGCGGAACCUAUAAGCGACCCUAUUAUCGAGCCGAGUGCCCCCGAUCUAAAAACUUUGGCUGAAUUGAAAAAGGAAGAAGCCAAUCAACAUUAUACAGCGAAACAAUAUAAGCAAGCUUUAGUAGGAUACAAUCAAGCUAUUGAAUUAUGCCCUAAUAUUGCCAGAUAUUAUAAUAACCGGUGCGCUUGUUUUAUCAUGUUAUCCCAAUUUAGAGACGCUUAUAAAGAUGCAAAAAAAUGCAUCGAAUUAGAUCCUACGUUAAUUAAGGCGUAUACACGACUUAUAAAAUCAUGUAUAGUGAUAGGAGAUAUUACAGAAGCUGAGACUGCAAUAAGUAAGUUAGAACAAUUAGAACCUUCAAAACAGUCGAUUGUUACAGAAUUAAAUGAGCUUGCGCAUUUGAAAAGAUAUGUUAAGGAAGCGGAAGACGCAUAUAAAAUUGAAGAUUAUCGCAAAGUUGUUUAUUGUAUGGAUCGUUGUUACGAAGUUAGUCCAUUUUGUGCCAGAUUUAAAAUAACGAAGGCCGAAUGUUUAGUAUACUUGGAAAGAUACUCCGAAGCGGAAAUUACCACAAACGAUGUUCUAAACAUUGACAAACAAAACGUAGACGCUAUAUAUGUGAGGGCAAUUUGUUUGUACUACCAAGAUAACAUUGACCAUGCAUUUAAACAUUUUCAACAAAUUUUACGUUAUGCUCCUGACCAUGCAAAAGCCUUGAAUAAAUAUAAGAAAGCAAAAUUAUUAAAACAAAAGAAACUAGAAGGAAACAAUGCUUUUAAAUCGGAGCAGUAUCAAGAAGCGUACAGACUUUAUACCGAAGCACUACUCAUCGACCCUCAAAACAAUAUCACAAAUGCCAAGUUGCACUUUAAUAAGGCAACGGUAGCAGCAAAGCUAAAAAAAUUAACAGAAUCUAUCGACGAAUGUAACGAAGCAUUAAAAUUAGAUAGCAAUUAUCUUAAAGCUAUUCUAAGAAGGGCAGCCUGCUACAUGGAACUUGAAAAUUAUAAGGAAGCAGUCUACGAUUAUGAAAUAGCGUGUAAAAUAGACAAAAAUCGGGAUAAUAAACGAUUAUUACUUGAGGCAAAAAUGGCAUUGAAAAAAUCAAAAAAAAAAGACUAUUACAAAAUUCUUGGCAUUGAUAAAAAUGCUUCGACCGAUGAUAUCAGAAAAGCCUACAGAAAGCGAGCAAUGGAGUAUCAUCCAGAUCGACAUGCGAAUGCUACGGAAGGUGAAAAGAAAAGACAGGAAAAAAAGUUCCAAGAAGUUGGAGAAGCCUAUGGUGUUUUAUCUGAUCCUAAAAAACGGAUUCGAUAUGAUAAUGGUAAUUUAGAUGAAGCUGAGUGCGGUUUUCAAGAUGUAGAUAUGAGAACAAAAUUUGAAACAUUCAGCUAUCCUUUCUCCAGUGAUUGCAGUCAUUUUAAAUUUUUUUGA